AUGUCAUCGCAGGAAUCACGGUUAGAUAGACAAGUGAUAUUGUUGGAGACGGGGUCCACCCAAGUGGUACGGAAUAUGGCCGCAGACCAAUUAGGUGAUCUAGCUAAACAGCAUCCUGAACAAACUCUUCCAUUAUUAUCGCGCGUUUAUCCAUAUUUACUGUCGAAAAACUGGGAAACAAGGGUUACUGCUGCGCGUGCGGUAGGAGGCAUCGUGUCACACGCCCCUCUCUGGGACCCUAAUGGUGAAGAUGAUGACCUAAGCGUUAAAAAUGAGGAGAAGAACAGCAACACUAAUAUUAAUAGUAAUGAUGAUAGCAAUUGUAAUAAUAUUAAUAGUAACAUUAAUGACGAUGAUGACGAUAAUAAUAAUGAUGAUGAUAUAACCAACAGCCAUAAUGUAGACGUGAAAAAAGAAGAAAAUGGGCUGUUAGAGGUAGACUCUGCCAAGGUUAAAAUUGAACAAGAGAUGAAAGUAAAAUGGGAGGAAUUAUCGCAUACAGAAGAAUGGUUAAAUUUACAAGAUGAUACACAUUAUUUAACUUUGGAUAACUGGAAUCUGAGCCAACUCCUUAAAUCGGGGAAAACUCUUUUGGCAUCAAGCGCUAAUGAAUUUGAUUCCAAUGAAUUGAACACAAAUAUAGGGUCCACGGAUGAUGAUAAUAGCCAGAUACCUAACACGAAACAUUUAAAAAGGGGAAAUUCAUCUUCAGAUCUCAAAAAGGAGCAAAGCGUAGACUCGGUAACAGAUGAAGCCACCUUUAAUUCACCAAAUGGAACAAGGCCCACUGCACCUCCCGAAUCAAAAAGCUCUGCAAGGAUGUUGGCAAUGGCUAGAAGAAAGAGAAAAAUACAAGCGAAAACAGUAAAUAAGAAACCGGUCGAUUUGUCACAAUCAAAUGCAACACGUAAUAUGCUAGCUGCCAACGUUGACGAACCGAGUAACUCUCCAACACCUUCUCCAACAACCUUAACAAACCCAAAAUUAGAGAUUACAGAGCAAUCAGAUGAAAAAAGAUUGAUGGUCGAAUCAAUGGUUCAGCCUAUCUUAGAGAAGCAUGAAAAAAUCAGUGGUUUCGUAUGGCAAUUUCAAGGCAUAUAUGAGCUACUUGUAGAAAAUCUCACAAAUGAACAAUGGGAGACUAGACACGGUGCGGCUCUUGGUCUUCGUGAAUUGAUGAAAAAACACGCCCCAGCAGUUGGUAGACUAAGAGGUGAAUCCAGGAAAGCGAACGAUUUAAGAAAUUAUCACAGUUUAGAGGAUUUAGCAACUCGCUUAUUGACAAUUUUUGCAUUAGACAGGUUCAGUGAUUUCAUAAAUGAUACUGCUGUUGCACCGGUCAGAGAAUCAGCUGCUCAAACUUUAGCAACGCUAUUGCUACACCUAGAUGAUGAAGUUGCAUUAAAAGUCUUUUAUAAUUUAGAACAAUUGGUUCUCCAAGACCCUAAACUGACAGGAUCACCCAAUAGAAUCUGGCAAGCAACCCACGGUGGUCUACUAGGUAUAAGAUACUUUGUGUCUAUCAAGACGGAUUUCUUGUUUAAGCACAAUCUUUUGGAUAACGUAGUCAAUGUUGUAUUGUACGGUUUAAAAGAAAGUGAUGAUGAUGUCCAAAGCGUGUCUGCAGCAAUUUUAUCUCCAAUAACAUCACACUUUGUCCUUCUCAAUACAGAAACACUUGAUCUCGUUCUAACAAUUGUAUGGGGGUCAUUGACACAUCUAGAUGAUGACCUUUCCUCUAGUGUUUCCUCUGUCAUGGAUCUUCUAGCCAAACUCUGCAAACAUGAGCAAAUUCUUGCAGUUUUAAAGCAGAAAAGUAUCGACUCACCUUCCGAAUGGUCGUUUAAGUCAUUAGUUCCUCAGUUAUAUCCAUUUUUGAGACACUCUAUCACAAUGGUGAGAAAGUCGGUUUUGAAUCUUCUUUCCGCUUUCUUAUCGCUUAAUGAUAAUUCCACUAAAAACUGGAUUAACGGAAAGUUAUUCAAACUAAUUUAUCAGAAUAUUCUUUUGGAACAAAAUGAAGAAGUUUUAGAAUUAUCGUGCAAUCUUUAUACAUCCAUGCUCAAAGGAUAUAACGAGAACAAAGGCCAGGAAAAAAGUAUCGACUUUGUGUUCAGCAAGUACUUGACUUCUAUUCUACACUUGCUUAUUACACCAAUAGGUGAACAAGGAAAAAAUUAUGCUAUGGAUGUUCAGCAUAUUACAAAACCCUCUUCAAGUUAUUUAAUAAAUCUUGAAAGAAAACGUUCAAGUAAUGUUACAAAUAGCAACACGAUAGUGAGCCCCCGCAGUAACUUAGUGAAUAUUGACUCUCCAAUGCUCGCUGGUGAUGUAACCCUUCUUGGAUCUGAUAUUAUAUUCAAUACCAGAGUAACAGCUGCAAAAAUUUUAGGUUUAACUCUCUCAUAUUUUCAAGAAUCAACUUUAAAGUCAUUCUUUGAAAAUGUAUUAGCAAGUUGCUUGGAUCUCCCUUACGCAACACCUAGAAUAUUAGUCGCUAUUGUCCUAUCGGCUUUUUGUUAUAACUGGAAACACGUGCAUGGAAGAGAGGUGCCAGCCUUUGUUUCUUCCCUUUUCAGCGAAACAUUCCUCAAAUUCUUAAACGGUUCGGUUGAGCUACCUGUUUUCCGCGAACUUACACCAAUUUUGAAGGCAUUAAGAACACAAUGUCAAAGUUUAAUGUCGACCUUCGUCGAUGUAGGAAUGCUACCCCCACAAAGGGUCCCACCUAUCGCAAUUAUUGUAAAAGGUGAACCUGAAGCGGGUCCAGAGGCUUUCUCUAUUCAAACAGCUGAAAAGGUACAAACAGAAUAUUAUGCUAAAUUAUUUUCGUUAUUACCUAAUGCACAAAAGAUACUAGCAAAGAAGCCAUUAGAAGAUUCUUGUUAUAGAGUUACUAAGGCAAUUGAAUCAGCUAAAGAAUCUGAAUGGGAAAGGCAAUCUGGCGUUCUCUCGAGUUUCGCUUCAGCGGUCAUGCUAAUAGACGGUUUGCCAAACAAACUAAACCCAAUUAUACGAUCUUUGAUGGACAAUGUCAAAUCUGAAAAGCAUUCGAUUUUACAGCGCACUUCGGGUGACAGUGUCAUAACAUUGAUUAACGAACUAAUCAAAGCUGAGAAGAAUAAUGUCGUCAACAAGAUUGUUAAGAAUUUAUGCGGGUUUUUAUGCGUUGAUACCACUGAAAUCCCAGAAUUUGAUCCGACGCACACCACAGUUAUAAUGACUUUAUUAAAUGAAGCAGCCAGUUUAUCUUUACAAGAAGAUGCAGAAGUUAAGAAGAUAUCUGAGGCAGCCCAGAUUAAAAGAAAAGGUGGCCUCUAUACUUUAAGCCAACUUUUAUUGUCUUAUCAAGAUAAGGCGUUGGAUGCUGUUCCUCAAUUGAGGAAAAGUCUUCUCGAACCACUAGAUAAAGCUGAAUUACUAUUGCCUGAUGAAAAUGGUAACUUCGAUCGUAAAAUUGGUCAAGAGAUUGUUGACGCAUUUGGAAUCAUCAGAUCACUGUUUACCUAUAUGUCAGAAAAUAUUCAGCAAGAGGAAAUCUUGUCAAGACUCCAUCUCUUCAAAACCUUCUUAAAGUCUAAUCUUGCAGUCAUCAGAUACUCUGCUGCCAGGACAUUGUCAGAGCUUGCUUGCCACAAGCCAGUGCAACUUAUGUCUUAUAUUAUCACAGAUAUUUUACCAAUGUUGAAUAAUGCUGGAUCUGUCACUGAUAGACAAGGUGUCGUUGAACUCCUCUACCAUCUCUCCAUUCAAUUGCAGAGUGAAAUUCUUCCUUAUGUUGUCUUUUUGAUUGUUCCUUUGCUUGGUAGAAUGAGUGAUUCGAACGAAGAUAUUCGUAAAAUCGCAACUACCACAUUUGCAUCAAUUAUCAAAUUAGUUCCAUUAGAGGCUGGUAUUGAAGCUCCGGUUGGAUUAUCUGAGGAAUUAAUGAAAGGUAGGGAGAAGGAAAGAGACUUUAUUCAACAGAUGAUGGAUCCAUCCAAAGCCAAGCCAUUUAAACUUCCAGUUGCAAUCAAAGCAACAUUGAGAAAAUACCAGCAAGAAGGUAUUAACUGGUUAGCAUUUUUGAAUAAAUAUCAUUUACAUGGGAUAUUAUGUGAUGACAUGGGUCUUGGUAAAACUUUGCAAACUAUUUGCAUUAUGGCAAGUGAUCAAUAUCUAAGAGCAGAAGACUAUAAGAAAACGAAGUCUGAAAAAACUCGCCCUCUUCCAUCAUUAGUCAUUUGUCCUCCCUCUUUAACAGGGCAUUGGGAACAAGAAUUCCAGCAAUAUGCCCCCACAUUGAAAGUGCUUGUUUAUGCAGGAGGUCCAUCCGUUAGAUUGCCUUUGCAGGGACAAGUUCCUACAGCAGAUAUUGUUAUUACAUCUUACGAUGUUGCCAGAAACGAUAUUGAUUUUGUGAAAAAGUUUGACUAUAAUUAUUGCGUACUGGAUGAAGGACAUAUCAUCAAAAAUUCACAAUCGAAAUUGGCUAAAGCUGUGAAAUUGAUCAAUUCCAAUCAUAGGUUGGUUUUGACUGGUACGCCAAUUCAAAAUAACGUAGUGGAGCUUUGGUCUUUAUUCGACUUCUUGAUGCCUGGCUUUCUUGGUACCGAAAAGAUGUUCCAAGAAAGGUUUGCAAAGCCCAUUGCAAGUUCUAGGAAUAGUAAAACAUCGUCGAAAGAGCAAGAAGCUGGUGCGCUUGCAUUAGAAGCAUUGCAUAAGCAAGUUUUGCCAUUUAUGUUGAGAAGGUUAAAGGAAGACGUUUUAUCAGAUCUUCCUCCGAAGAUCAUUCAAGAUUACUACUGUGAAUUAAGUGAUUUACAAAAACAACUUUACAAUGAUUUCGUUAAAAAGCAAAAGAAUGUUGUUGAGAAGGAUAUAGAGAACACCACUGAUGUUGAAAACAAGCAACAUAUUUUCCAAGCUCUCCAAUAUAUGAGGAAAUUGUGUAACCAUCCUUCUCUAGUCUUGAAUGCAUCUCAUCCUCAAUAUCACCAAGUUCAAAGUUACCUAUCUCAAACUGGAAUGGACCUUCAUGAUAUAAACCAUGCACCAAAGUUGGAAGCAUUGAAAACAUUGCUCCUUGAGUGUGGUAUUGGUCUGCAAGAUAUUGAAAAGAAAACCAACAGAAAUCCUUCAAUUGACAAUGUCAUCAGUCAGCAUCGUGUUUUAAUAUUUUGUCAAUUGAAGGACAUGCUUGACAUGGUUGAAAACGACCUUCUUAGAAAACAUUUACCGUCUGUCACCUUUAUGCGCUUAGAUGGUAGCGUGGAUUCAAGAGAUAGGCAAAAGGUUGUUCGUAAAUUUAACGAAGAUCCAUCCAUUGAUUGUUUGUUGUUAACUACCAAAGUCGGUGGUUUAGGGUUAAACCUUACUGGAGCUGACACUGUCAUUUUUGUUGAACAUGAUUGGAACCCUAUGAAUGAUUUGCAAGCAAUGGAUCGUGCCCAUAGAUUGGGUCAAAAGAAGGUGGUUAAUGUUUAUAGAAUCAUCACAAAGGGCACUUUAGAAGAGAAAAUUAUGGGUCUUCAGAAGUUCAAGAUGAAUAUUGCUUCUACAAUCGUGAACCAACAAAAUGCAGGUUUAUCCUCGAUGAAUACACACCAGUUAUUAGACUUGUUCGAUGCUGAUGCUAUUCCAUCGCAAGAGAAAUCAGAAAAGAAGAAAUCUGUCGAAGAAAUCGCAAACGAGACUGGUUUAACAGGUAAGGCUAAGGAAGCAGUUGGUGAACUAAAAGAAUUGUGGGAUUCCUCACAAUACGAAGAAGAAUAUAACUUAGAUAACUUCAUAAAGACUUUAAGAUAA